AAAGUCGUAUUUCACUAAUCGCAUUUGAUUCCGAGACGUAACCUGCAUUAAAUGAGGUGUGUCACAAUUUAUUGAUAAAGUUCACCAGUGAAAUUAUUUUACUUUAAUUUCGAGACUAAAUUAUUUGCAUACUUGUGUUUCCGUUGAGGUUUUAUAAAAUGGAAUCCUUGGAAGAUAUGAUGAUCCACUAUGUGACAGUUGAGUAUUUUUCCGAUGCUAAAACUGAUGAAGAUUUCGUAAAAGCCGCCUUUAAAAUGCAUGUUGAAAAAAAAAAUGAAUUGCCAAAUGUAAGAGACAUUAAAAAAAAACCUAAAUGCGAAGUAAAAGCUAAGUCGAUGUUGGAUAAAGCGAAACAAGAUUUUUCAAAAAUGUCAUUAGAAAAAACAGUCGAAGUCUAUAAUUCUGCAAUGGCCUUCGCAUUGCCUGGAUCGGAGUUAUUGGCUCAUGCUUUCGCAAAUCGUUCAAUAGUCUUAUCAAAUGCGGCAAUGUACGAAGAAUCUUUGAAGGAUAUAGAGCAUGCUCUCAAAGCUAAUUAUCCAGAUAACUUGAAAGCUUUGUUGUUCGCUCGGAAAGCCAAAAAUCUAUUUGCUUUAGACCCAACAGCAGACAUUGAAGAGACUUUGAAUAAAGCUAGACAAUGGGCAUCGAAGAUGAGUGACAAGGAAAAAAAUAAACUUUUGGACAAUCUUCAUAAGUUAAAAACGAAGAAUUAUAAAAAACCAGUUAAAGAACGUGAUGGUCGGAUAUUUGUGCCAUCUCCAUCGAACGAUAAUUCAAUAAUCAAAGAUACUUCAGCUGCUAUUACUAUUAACUAUUCUGAAAAAUUCGGACGUCAUAUCGUAGCUACUAGAGACAUGAUGGCGGGUGAAGUAGUUUCUGUUAAACGAGCUUACGCCUUAGUACUUUCAAGUGAAUACAGAUUCAAACUUUGUUGGAACUGUUCAAAGCAUUGUUGGUCAUCUGUUCCGUGCAAUACAUGUUCAAACGUUAUUUAUUGCAGUGAAGAGUGUCGGAAUGUUGCCUUGAAAGAUUACCAUGACAUAGAAUGUUCUUUUUUAAGUGGUUUUCUGUCCUCAGUUCCUGAUUAUGAAGAUUUAUUUCUUAUGAGCUUGAGAUUAUUCAUAAAAGCUAUCAAAGAAUUCGGAACAGUAAAAGCGUUGUAUGAAAGUGUUCAAAAGAUCGAUUCAACAGAAGCAUUCAUUAUGAAAAGUUUCACUGAUGGUAUUUACGAUGACAAAAAAUACGCAAGUGUUUACCCAUUAUGUCGAAAGCCGAUGAAUUUACAAUUUAAAGUUCAAUGUGCCCUCAAAGCUUCACUAUACAUGUACAUCAUGGCUGUGACGACCAAUGUUUUUGGGAAAAAAAUGGAAAGUAUGGAGGAAUUACGAAAUUAUGAAUAUGCUGUUUUUGUUGGAAAAUUACUUUACCAUCAUACUGCGUUAAGUAGUACUAACAUAUGCGCGAUUCAUACUCCAAACACUAACAAUGAUGUACUUUAUGGUGGUGGACUGUUAAACCCUCUAGAGUCGUUGUACAAUCACAGUUGUGACCCUAAUACGGGUAUUAUUAUGUGUCUUGACAUGUCUGCAUUCAUAACUCUGCAAACUAUAAAAAAAGGGGAACAGUUGUUUAUUUCUUACGGACAAGAAUUUCAUGACAUGACAACUUCUGCGCGAAGAGAAGAAUUACAAGCUAGUCGAAGCUAUUGGUGCGAUUGUCACGCUUGCAUCAACGAUUGGAAUCCGGGACAUGUUUUACCAUCAGCUGAGAAUAAAUUACCGAAAAAAGUCGCCAAAAAAAUUUCAGCGUUUUUCUUGGACUGCGCUGUCCAAAUUCUAAAACAAAAUUCUCAAGACUAUGACACUAUAUCUCCUGAAGAAAUUAAGAAGCUAAUGUCGUGUAUAUUUAAAAUAAUCAAUCUAAUAGGACGAUACGAUAUAUAUCCUUGUGAAGAAAUAUCACAGGCAAAAAGUUUACUGUAUUCCACUAUAAGAUGGAUCUUAAGUUACCAAUCACCGAUUGAAUCCUAAAAAUCUGUUUUUUAAUAUUUAGAAUCAUUUUAAAUAACAUCAAAUAUCAUAGUUUAAGUAUUUUUGUGAAACUACUAAGUUAAGAAGAGUUUAUUACUCAGAUAAAUUUUCAUUAUUUUACAGUUAAUUUUUUCUUUACAUAACUAAUGGACUUAGUGAUUAUUAUGACUACUAGAUAUUUUUUUAUUACUCAAGCGUGAUUAUCUGGCUUCCUCUAUAUACCUUAAUAUGAUUAAAUUACUAAAG